AUGCCUCCCAAAGGAUCCAAGGCCUCCAAGCCCAGCAAGCAGGCUAACGCCGCUGCUAAAGCUGCUCUCAAGGGAGUCAACUCGCACAAGGUCCGCAAGGUGCGCAAGAGCACCAGCUUCCACCGCCCCAAGACCCUCGAGCUCUCCCGCGCUCCUAAGUACCCCCGCAAGUCUAUCCCUCACCAACCUCGCCUCGAUGCUGGCAAGAUCCUUAUCCACCCGCUCAACACCGAGUCCGCCAUGAAGAAGAUCGAGGAGAACAACACUCUCGUCUUCAUCGUCGACAUUAAGGCCAACAAGCGCCAGAUCGCCGCCGCCCUCAAGAAGCAGUACGAUGUCACCACCAUUAAGAUCAACACCCUCAUCCGACCGGACGGCUCAAAGAAGGCUUUCGCGCGGUUGACCCCCGAUGUCGAUGCCCUCGACAUUGCCGCCACCAAGCUCGCCAUCGUCUAA